AUGUUGACACCACACUUAUCCAUGACUCUAAAACAUUUGCAUAUUAUUGUACGUGGUGCUCAAAAUAUGACCUAUUUUCAUGUACCGAAUAAGCAUCGAUUAGUUGUUAUGAAACAGCUGGAGACUUUCACAUUUGUGAAAUCUUUUAUAUGGAAAUUUGAAAACGAGUUGCAAUUUAUUGAACUAUUAACAAGUGCAGAUAUAAUGCCAGUAUUACGACGAGUAAAUUUAUCGAUUGCUCUUGAUACUGAGGAAUUGAACCGAAUCAAACAAAGCUCGAUUUUCGAUGAUUAUCGAUGCAUUGAUGUGCAUUUCGCGCUACAUAUAGUUGAUGUUAAUGCAAGGUUUGGGCUAUUGAAUUUGAUUCCACGCGUUAUUGGUACGACGUCGGUUAUUCAACUUCUGUUGAAACGAUCUCGAUAUAAAUAUGAUCGGAAAUGGUUAUGGUAUACUCUUCCAUGGUCAUUCGAAAAAUUCUUUCAAAUACCACUUUUAAAUCAAUGUGAUAUUGAAAGAGAACUCUAUGCAUCACCGUCAUCAUCUAAUAUAAUCGUAUCAUCUGAUAUUUCCACAUUAAACGAACAAGCUAAUCUUUCACUACUACGUAAAUAUGUACCUGUGGGUUCCAUACUUCUUGGAAGGAAGGAUGAAUAUUUUAAGGAAGCUAAUAUAAAUAUUCGCAUAACAAUUCCGUCUGACCGUAUCAUUUCAGUCGACUGUUUAGACAGUCUAAAUAGUUUUAUGUACACAGGAAAUCUUCGUUCCAUUCAUAUUAUCUUAACAUUUUCAAUUUUCACCGGUACUCUUAAUUGGAAAUUCUUACGUUCAUUUUCAAACCUUUCAUUGCUGAAAUCAUUACGCAUAACCCUCCACAGUGGCGAAGUUUUGCUCGACGAUGAACACUGCCGAUUAAUUGUCGAGAGAGUACCAAUGCUCAUCGAUUUUGUAUUCUGCUUCCGGGGAAAUCUUGGUUUUUUGAAUAAUGAUGGUCCAUUCAACAUUUAUGGAAAAUCUAUUUUGAAUUUAUACCAACAUAUUCGUAUGGCAAUUGCCAAUCGCACGCACAAAUAUGUUAUUGAACCAGAUGGAUGUGGAUUGAUGGUUUGGUUAUGA